AUGGAUAACAUAGGAGUUGCGAGUGGUAAACCUACUUUUAUAGAUGAAGUCAGUCAGUGUAAUGAUAAAAGUGCUCUACAUGGACAGUCUGUAUGUGUAACUGGUCGACUUACGUUACAUGAAUUUAGUGCUUGCUUAGCAAAACUUACAGAUCCACAAAGUAAAUCAGAGAUAUGUAUAGACACAUCGUUGAUAGAGCCAUUUCAGGCAAGAUUUGGUUCCCAGUUUCAGAUGAUUGGGGAGUUGGAACCAGGGAGCCAGCAUGAUAUUGUGUUGAAAGCACGUGUUGUAAGAUGUGUGGAUGGCCUAGAUAUGUCUCUGUAUAGAAAGGCAAUAGAGUGUCAGAGAAUGUAUCUGCAGAAAAGAAACUCUUGA